CCUCCGUCCCUCCCUUCCUGUGGGAGGCGCCCGGCGCCGCUAGAAAAGGACCGGCAGCCGCGGAGACACCGGAGUGGAGCGCCGCUGGAAGCCGGCAGGUAGAUUUGCCUUCUCGGCUCUUCUCCUUUGUGGACCUCCCGUCUGGGUGCAGCGAUGUGGUUCUUGGACAAGAUCAGACCGCCGCAGGGCAGCAGGAACCUCCCGUGUGCCUCCUUCCUGGGCCUGCCACCCGGCCAACAUCUGCUGGAAAAAGCCCGCCUGGGGGCUGCUGCUUUCCCCAACGUGCUCACCCCGGACAGAAUCCCGGAGUUCUGCAUCCCCCCCCGGCUGAGCACCGCUGCUCCUGCUCAGGGUCCCGGCUCCCGCCAGCACCACGGUUCAGAGGAUGCACGUCUCAGUUCCUCUGACCACAGCUCCGGUUAUUCUUUGCCGCACUUCAUCCAGGUGGAAAGUGCUGAAGAGUUCCCAGCGCUGGAGGAAGAAGGCACCAACUCAGACCCGCAGUCCCAAGCCGCGCUCUCCCUGCCUCACUUCCCCAGAGCUCCCACUUCCUACGGCUUCUGCACCUUGCUGGAGAGUCCCCACACCAGGAGAAAGGAAUCGAUCUUCCACGGUGACACGUGCGGGGCUCUGCCCAGCCUGACGCUGCCUCGAUCCAGAGCUAACACGUUCGGUGGCAAAGGGAACACGUCCAAUCCCAUUGCUAUCAGCUUCACUUCGGUAAGGCUGCCUCCCAGGCACCUGCACAGGCAGGGUGCUUGUGACAGUGACACUGCCUCCUCCAGCGACUCCUCUCCUUUCAGCUCCCCACUUCUCAGCAGAUCGCCUCCCAGAUCCUGCUCCUUGAUCAAGGCACGAAGUCAGGAAGGAUUGCUCUGCCGAGCACUGAAGGCCAAGAACAAAUCUGGCAUGUCCAGGAAUAAUUCUCUGUCUACAGAAGAGAGCAGCUCCACUGAUAACAGCCCCAGUGCCAUCAGGCGGGCCUCGGAGGGGCGGCUCGCUGCACGGAGCUGCAGUGUGUCUUGUUCUCCCCUCUUUCCCCUGGACUUUGCCCAAGGCCGGCAGAGACUGGUGGGAGAGAGCACCGUAGUCAUGGACAAGGGGGGCAUGUUGAGACUGUCAGCUGAAUACUGCUCAGAAAAUGAAAGGCUGAGGAUCCGUCUGAUCAGUGCAGAGGGUUUAUAUGAUGACUCUGUAGAGCCCAAAAACAUAAACUGCUGCAUUACCCUCUCCCUGGUGCCAGGGAAAACACAGAAACAGAGAAGCACUGUUAUAAAGAGAAGCAGGAAUCCCAUCUUCAAUGAGGACUUCUUUUUUGAUGGCAUUGCAGAAGAAGAACUGCUCAGCCACUCUGUGAGGAUGAAAGCAACAAAUAAAGGGUGCAGCAUGAAACGGGACUACACCUUAGGAGAACAGGAAUUGUCUUUAAUGAGUAUGUUGUCCUUGUAAUACUACAAACAGACCCACUUUGUAUUCUGAAAGUUUUCUACUAAAUAAAGUUUUGGUUUCUUUUUCUUAUAGAAUACUUGAAAA